GCUUUCUUCGUAAAUCUUUGAACAACGAGAAUUGUCUGAUCUGUUCAUCUAGCUAAAUUUUUUGGUGUUUUUUUGAGUGAAACGAUGGCAGAUCAACAAAAGGUCGUGAAAAGACGGAAGAAGAAGGAGGUAAGUUAAUCUUUUAUUCUAUUCUGUGUAUUUGUGGGAUGGAAGGUUUGUAUAUUAUGUCAUAUUUGGUCGCUGCAGUCGAUGUAGUACGCUGUCCGUACGCUGAGCUUCUUGCAAGCAUGUUUUAUUAUUUUCCGAGUCGCCUUUUUUCCCCACGGACCGACUUUUCAGAGAUUUUAAUCAAGAAAAAACAAAUUAUUUUAUUCUUAGGCACGAGAAGAAAACAAUGAACCAACCAAAGAAGAACAAGAAGUCGGAAAGUACCUCAGAUUCAACUGCCCAUCCAAAACGUCGACGAUGAUGGGUCAAAAAGUCGAAUAUUUUAUCGGUAAAUAAGUACUUAAUAUGUCUUUUUUAUCUCUUCUUAGUGCACAGACGAAUAGAGUAGUUUAUUUCUAUUUUUCUCCUCAUGGAAAUAACGCAUAGCCUUAACUAAAGAAUGCAUUGUUUUUAACGAAGCAUGAAAGCUUACGUUAAUUAAUACAUGUUGUUCAUUCGAUUCGGAUUGGAGAAAAUUCUUCACUCAUUGUUUCCAGUGUGUUAUGAUCAACGAUGUUGUUGUAUCUCAUCCAUCCCUGAACUCUAUUUACACUGUAUCCGCGUUUUUUGAGUGAGAAAAAUAGCGAGAGUUAUUUAUGUUUUUAAACACUAGUUUUACUUAAAACAUGACGUGUCCUUUUGUUAAUAGUACUAGAAUACACCAUAAAUUAUUAUUUUGUAUGGAGGAAAAAAUUGGUAGAUGCCACGAAGUAAGUGGCAUAGCCUUAACCAUGUGUUGUAGGUUGAAAGUCCGAAGACUUUUCUCGUCCUUAUCGAGGGAGAUGCUAACCUUCUCUCGGCUCAUACAACACAACGUUGGUAAUGUUAUUCUGCGGGUUUUAUUAUGCUUGAUGUUGGUAAUCUUCACAUUGUGGGACAUUUUUUUCUGUGGUCAUCAAAUUAGCUGACUAAAUUUUUCGCUUUAUUAGUCAAUUUCAUGCGUCAAUGAUUGAAAAUAAUCUUAGCAUACUGUUGUUUGUCAACAUAAUAAAUUUGUUUUGAAAAGGGAAACUCACAUUACUUACAACGUGCAAAGUAAAAAUACACUUUUAAGACAGGAAGAUAUGCACGAUAAUCAUUUAAUUAUAAUUAUGAAGAAAGGUCAAAUAUCUAUAACUUACUAGCCUAAUGGAUUUUUUCAAAAGAAUUAAGAAAGGUCAACUAUUGUAAAAGCUAAGAUAUCUGACAUUUCCCUGUACUGGUCCCCCAGGGUCAGUUUACAAUAACUGUUAUUGUACUGAACUGUCAUUAAGACAAACAGUCAUAGGAAAAGGACAGGGGGGCAUAUACUUAUGAAACCCCCAAAUUUACAGACAACUCGGACUUUUUGUGUUAAACACAGGGUCCAAAAUUUGGGCAAAAAUGAAGUUUUACCUGUUUCCGUAUUUUUAAAUCAUUAUUUUGAAGAGAUAAAUAUUUUAUAUUUUAACCUAAAGUUUCUUCGUAAUAAUCCAGUACUGUUACAUUCAAUAACCGAGACAGUGGUUGCCUAGCACAAAAUGAGUUUUUUUUUUUAUUGUUGGGCACUGUACUGCAAUGGGCUAUUUCCAGUCGCGAAUUGAUUGGAAAAGAAAUUUCAACCUAAAACUUUCUAGAAUCAUCUCCGCCUAUGUGAACAGUGUAUGGCAGAUAGCAUCAGCAAUGGGUCUGAAAGUGAAGAAGUGGCCACUGAAUAAUUUGGAAUUUGAAUUCAGCUGAAUCGAGAUUUUUAAAAAAAAAUCAUCGAUCUGGUUUAAAAAACAGUUUUAAUUAAUUUGUUAAAGUUUCAGACUGGAAUUUUUACAAAACCGCUUCAACAGUCUUUGAUACAUACUAAAUACUCAAAUCCUUUUUUGCCAGAGCUAUUACCAUGAUCUUUUGCCUACAGCCAAAAAAGAUUGAAAGGUACUAUGAGGUGAAAUUGCAUGAAUGGCAAAAGUGAUUCAUUUUCUACAGAUGACAGCCAAACAUCAAGAUUUUCCUUUUUACCAUAUUUACAACGAUAAAAAAAUUUAUCCCAAAACAUCUCCGCAACAUUCUCCAAAGAAAACCAAGCUUUUAACUUCAGCGUGAACAUCGAGAAGAAAACAUUGAGGAAAAUGACUAGAAAAAUCGAUUUUCAGAAGAACAGUUUCCAGUGAGAAAUGUUGUUCCUACAAGUAUAAAAAGCUUUAGCUAAAAUGGCGCUCAUUUAAUUGCUAUGAAACAACUCUGAUUUUAUUGCAACCCGGAUCAUAAAAUCAAAUUUUCAUCUUUAUCUAAAUAAAUAAAACUUUAUGGUGGCAAUUUUUCCAAAAAGUUUGUUUAUGGUGUCAUAGUCUAUGCUCAAAAAAAAAACUUCACAGGUAUUGACUCUGAAAAACUGUAUCGAAGCCAAAUUUCAUAUGCUGAAUUUGAACGGCUUAUGUUGUUGCAUCGCAUGGCCCUACAUAAGUUGGACUGUUUUGUAAAAUCAGGCGAUUUCAUUCAACUUUGAGUUUCAGGGAUUUUUGGGCAAAUUUGUUUACCCCCCCCUUUUAAAAAUCUUGCCCCCUCAGUCUAUGGUUUGCAGUUCUCUGAAAAGGACAGCAUAUACUUAUGAAACAAUAUUAUUUACAGACACUUGAAAAAUCACUUUGUCUGUGUUAAAGUGCCACAGAAAGAAAAGAGGAAAUGUGAGAUAUAUGACAGCAAAUAUCUAGUGAAGACGUUAACACUGAAUUUGGCUCAGAACAAGAGGCUGCAGGAUGAAAAUUUGGUUUCAACACUAAGCAAAAUUUAUUAGUCAGUGAUCUGAAAGAUUCAACUGUAGAAACAAAACUAAACCUUUAUGAACAAUUAUUUUCCCCUCUCCCUGAGAAAGACCUUGCAUUUUCUUGAAUUAGAGCUAGAGGACAAAGGAACCAUAAGAAACAACUUAAGACGAAAUCCAUCAGGAAAUUGAGUAAUUUUAAUUUACCUUGUACCAGAAUAAUUUAAACAAUAUUGCAUUCUUUGUUACAUUUUUCAAGGGCUAUAGAUGUAAUUAGUCAUCUGUAAUAACACCAAAGAAAAUUUCCUAUGGGAGCCCAAGAAAACAUAUGUUAAAUUUCACAAAAUGACAUCUUUCACAUGAAAUUUUCAGAAUUUUACCAGUGUUUUCACAAUUCUUGUAAAAUUUGACAUUUAUUUUCUCGGGCUCCCAUGAGAAAUAGUCUUUGGUGUUAUUACAGAUAAAAAAAGAUAAAAAAGAAUGCGGUAUUGUUUAAAUUAUUCAGGUACAAGGUUUUUGUCCACUGAAAGUUGAAAUUACUCAAUUUCCUGAUAGAUUCCAUCUUAACCUUGGUAGAUAACAUGUACUAUCUUGCCUGGUUAUUUGGCCUAGUUGUUCAAACCUCGGAUAGCGCUAUCCAAAGGAUGAAUCACAAUGUGGUGGAUCUUAGGGAAACCAGUAAUUAUGUUUUCUUGUAGAUAGCAUUAUCCACCUCUUGAACAACUGGGGCCAGAUGUAACGUUUCCUUGACUCUGGGAUGGACACCUCUCUGCCGCUGUUAGUCACAUGGGUCUCAACAAUAUCAAUUCAUCAUCAAGUAGAAAAGUUAUGAGAAUGAACAUAAUAAUCACCAAAGGGAAAAUGCUUUGAUCUUCUAUUUUAAUAAUUCUCAUAACCUUUUGACUGAUUUGAUUAUUUAUUGACAUUGUUUGGAGAAAAUUGAUGUUGGUUGCUCUCGGGACUUAAAGGGUAGUAAAUAAAUGUAAUAGAUGAUCUUUUUGGAUCAAUUUAGGUGUCUGGGAAACUGCCCACCUACCCCUCCCUUAAGACCUUAACACUCACCCCUCGUCUAGGGCAAAAUGUUAGCUUAGGGGAGGGGUAGGUGGGCAUUUUUCCAGAAACCUAAAUCAAUCCGAUCUUUUUUUAAGUAGCUACGCUUUUAAACUGUUUUCACAUCUUCUGAUCAUUUCUGUGGACAGAAUUUUCUCAAGAAAAUUGCAUUCAACUGAUUUUACAUUCAUUUGACUAUAGUUGUAUUCAACUGGAGUUGUAUUCAUUUGACUUUGUGAUAGGUUCAAAAGCAGUUGAUUGUUUAAUGGAUUCAAAAUGGGCAUCAGGCAAAGGAGGUGCUGAGAUACUCUUUACUGAUCGUGUAUCAGUGGAGUUAUAUUUAGACAGGUGAGCCGAGCAUGAAAUUGUAAUGUGAACCAUUACUGUAGAACCCCAGUGUUUCAAACUAGGUUGUAGUGCGACCAGGAAAACCUGGAACACUUGAAAUAGUUCAAGAAUGUUUAUUGUGUUAAGACCAAUCACAACAAAGUUCAGGACAUGCGAGCAAGUCACAAAACCUGAUACUAAUUAACGUUCUUGCUUGCAGUGUGGUUUUCUCAUGCCUGAUUGGCUUUUUUAUUGCAACACAACAUUCCAGAAAUAUUUCUGGUGUUCACAGUUUUCCCGGUUCCACUGUUCAUUUUCAUUUUCAGUGGUUUACUUUGUUAGUUAACAUUGAUAUCCAGUUGACUUCAGAUAAUUCGAACCUUCAAGGGAAGUCAGCUUGUCACACGCUAAAAAAAUGGUUCAGUUUAUCGAGGGUGAAAUGAUAUAGAAAUGAUCUGAGGGGAAACAAACAUUACUUUGCGGUAGCAGAAAGUUCGAGUUACCAAGGGGAAAAUGUGCAGUAAAUGUAUGACAGAAAUCCAGAGGAAAUCGCCAGUGGUUCGAAUUAAUGCAAGGUUCUAUUUAGUGAGGGUUUGAGUUAUCAGGAGUCAACUGUAGCUGACAUACAGUUGUAUAAUAUUCUUUAAACAAACAAUAUUAACAGCAUCACAAAUUAUCAUUUCAAUAUGACUGCUUGGAAUGUGUGAGUUAGUGUGACAUUUUACUUUGGUUUACAUGCUGCUACAGGUGUGCGGUUGUGCAGUAACAUGAAAUUCCAAAGAAAAGGCUGGGCUAUUUUGCAUAAAAAGGGGAGAAAGAAUGCAUGGAGCUCCACUAUCUUGAUGCCAAAAAUAGUGUACAACAAAUGCCCAAAUGGCCAAAGACCUGCCUUUUAACAAAGAACACAAGAGAACACAUUUUUUUAGCCCCUUUAAUGAAAAGAUUACCCCCUUUUCCAGGUGGUUAUGAAACUGCCCUGCUAAACUUAAAUAUUCUUGUAAACAUAUAUCAUGUCACUUUUAGGUUGCUGAUUUUGAAUUUCUUUGAGCGUGUUGUACGAAUUAAAAAAGUGAAGAAGAGUGAAGAGGAGAAGAAAAAAGAGAAAGAAAAGGAAGAGCAACGUUCAAAAGAGAAGGAGGAAUCAGACAGUAAAAAAACUAAGAAGAAACAAAAGAAGGAAGAAGGAAAAAAGGUUAGCUGUGAUUUGCAUGGUAUUGUCAGUACAUAAUCCAGACUUAGUUAAUUGAUAAGAAUCGAGAUAGGAAAUCAAUCGACGUCAUCGAUAUUAAUCGAUUUAAUCUGUUGAUUAAUAUUGAUUGAUAUCGGAAAUCGAUAGAAAUCGAAGUCACAGCUGAAACAAUAAUUUAUCAAUUAUUAUUGAUUAACAAAAUUGAUAAAAAUCAAUAGGAAUCCAUAGUAAUCAAUAGCAUUUGACAUAAAAUUAUCAUCGAAUGCUAUCAGAAAAUCAUCGAUAUUAUUCAAAGUCACACCUUUUUUUCUUUGUUGAUUUCUAUCAAUCAGUAUCAGAAAUCUAUAUUCAUCGAUGGUUGAUAUCAAUUACUGUUGAUUAAUACUGAUUAUCGGUUUAUCAGUUAACUAUGUCUGUAAUGUACUGUUUUGGUGUAUUCCUCAGUUGGUUCAUUGUUGUACAAAACAAGUUGUACAUAGUCUUAGUUUUAAUAAAAGACAGUUCAUGAUUUGUGGAGCGGGGAGUGAGAAAAAUGCAUGUAUUGUUAAUAGUGGAGGCAGAGUGGCUGAGUGGUCAGCACAUUGAUCUUGCAAUCCAGCGGUCCCUGCUUUUAGUCCUGCUCUGGUCACUUGCUUGAUUUGUUCACAGUCAUCCUAAGUUCAAACCUUUCGCCAUGCUUGAUUUGCUAUCAGGCUAGUGAACUCUGUUCUUAACCUGCUAAACAGGCAAGUAAAGUUUUUGGGGGGGAUUAAAAUUACAGAGGGAGUCUGUAGUCAAUCCUGCUAGUCAAGAAUUUUUUCCUCAGUAGUUAAAAUGACUGUUGGGCUAGUACAUGCUAGCUACAGCUUGGGUAAGCGGUAAAACUGACUUUCUUUAUGCCCUGCCUUGAGGCUGAAAUUUGAAAACUGAGUAAGCACCGACUUCAAAUAUGCUCCCUACUCUUGUCUCAGAAAAUUAAAUACAUGUAUCAGUGCCUUAGGCACAAAUUCACAUAUUUACAGUAACCCUAUAAGCUCAUAACCCUGUUUUUUUUUAAUUGAUUUCAAGGUUGAUGAUGAAAGCGGAGAAGGAAAACAAAAAGUAAGAAAUUUCCUAGCUGUAUUUUGUCUAUUUAACUAAUUGCUGCAAUAUAUAUGUGCUUUCUAUUUUCAGUAAUAAAUACACAGAUUGCAUAGACCUUUAAAAACAACACCAGGUUAUUGAAUAGUCCAUGAAUUUGGAAAAUUUAGGAAUUGUUCUCAGAAAAGUCCUUGAAUAUCUUCCACAGACCUUCAAUCCUCUUGAGAAUUAGAUUUGACUAAAAGAAACUUUGCCCCCUUUUAUUUGAGGAGAAUACAGUCUUCAAUUUUAUUAUCAUAAAUGUGCAAGUUUUUAUGUACAUUUUGGUGAUGACACCUAGAAAAUAUGCACAUCCUUUGCAUUUUUCAGCAACUGAUAAUAGGAAAUUAAUACCAGUUUUGGGUUGGUAUGUGCACAUGUCCUUUCAAGACAUCAAUUACCCAAGAUUUCUACAGUUCAGCACUUGUGUCUAUUUGUGUAGAAACCAAGACCUUAAGAAAUGGAAUUUGUCUUUGAAGAGUCUUGAAAGAAGAGAUUCAGGUCUUUAUGAACUAUGAUAUUUUAUCAUGUCUUUUUUGUUUUUUUUUAGUCAGCUGAGAAAAGCAGCCAAGGUGAAGGAAAAAAGAAACUGAGAAAGGUUUGCAUUUACCUUUAAAGUAGCCUGCGUAGUAGGUGCGCAGAAGAAAGAACUGGGUGCGCAAGAGAGAAACGCGAGGGGAGAGGGAGGAUGUUCCCUCGCACAUCUCCCUCCCAUGUCCCGUUCUUUCUUGCGCCCAUUACUUCCAAGCCUACUUUUAAGGGAGCUGUGUCAUGAAAUAUUUCUAAAUUAAAAUGGUGGGAACCUCUACAAAACUGAGUGAAACAUAAAGAUAACUACUUACAACAUAAAAAAAGUUACAGUUGUAUGAAUAACACAGCAAAUAUAAAAGGAUGAACGGAAGGACAAACUUGAAUCAGAGCAUUGAAAUGGAUUGCAAUAUUAUUGUGCCUUUUUGAAAACCUGUUAGCCUAACAGUUUUGAUAUCAGGACUACUUGGGGGACAUACUUCUUUGACACGAAGCUUUGAAUUUGCCAUUUAUGGGUAAUAUGCCAUUUGCACGAUGGCGUCAUUUUACUACUACGACCAGAAUCCUUCAGGGUAUUGCUUUCUUGUGCAAAUUAAGGCCUUUGUUAUCUAAACCGCUGCCUGGUUAGCUCAGUUGGGAGAGCACCGGUCUGCCAAGCACGAGGUCGCGGGUUCAAACCCCAGUUGGACCAACACUCAGGGUCUUUAAAUGACUGAGAAGAAAGUGCUGCCUUUGCAAUAAAUGAGAUCUUCAAAUGGUUAGACUGUCUUAAGUCUUCUCGGAUAAGGACGAAAAACUGUAGGUCCUGUCUCACAGCACUUUCACUGAUUGUUCUUGUGGGAUGUAAAAGAACCCACAUCACUAUUCGAAGAGAGUAGGGGUCAUAGACCCCGGUGGUGUGGUCAACCUUUACGGGUUGUGGGAUUGGGUAGGGAUGGCACCUCGCAUGGGACCUAUGAGUUCCCUUCGAGCCUAUUCCCUCUGGGCAGUCCUGAGUCCAGAAAAGCUGGUAAAAAAAACCUCACUGGGACCACCAAAUUUAAGUAUGAAAAGGAAAAACGACAUGAAUUCUUGUCUUGGUAGUAAAAAGAUGUCGUCAUGCAAAUGGCCCAUUUCUCAAGUUCCAAAGUGAAUAGGGAUGCUUAAUUGGCAUUAUUAACUAAAGUAACCAGGCAACUGUGUCAUAGCCCCUCUAAUGACAACUUUUAUACAAAUUCAUGUACUAAACUAACUGUACUUGUUUCAACCUCUUCUAUUAAAGGGGGCAUUCUGGUUAAAAGCAUUAUUUUUCGUUGAUUUCCACCCGUUUUCUUAACUAUCUAGCCAAGAUAUCAUUCAAUCAAACAAUGACUCCAUUAAGUUGGAGUAAUAAUUGAAUAGUUUUUUGAGAAUAUUUGGAUGAUUUUUCAAAUGUUUUUAAUGUAUAAAAGUUAGGGGGGAGGAUGUUUGAAAUUUUAGAUAAAUUGGAAAAUAUUGGAUUUGGUGGUUGUUAAAAAUUAAAAUAUGCUGAAUUAGUCGACAAAUACGAGGUAGUCCACCACCACAAGAAAGUGCCUCUGAUCCCAUAUGCGGACUAACUGGUUUAUGUGUAUACCUUUUCUAUCCUAAUUUAUUUCCUUCCCAAAUCGAUUUCCCCCCAAAAAACAACCGUAAUGCCCCCUUAAAUGUGUGUAAUAGUUUUCUACUUCAUUUGUUUAAGGUAAAAGUAAAGCUGGAACCACAUGAGGAACAGAUCUUUGUGGAUGAUGAUGAUGAGGUAUGUGUGAGUUACAUGUACCUACAAUGCCGUCUUUGUUUUAUUGUCCUUAAAGUGUACCUCUUUAACCCAGAAAAAAUUCAAAUUCAGAAAUGUAAUUUCUUCUUGUACCAUUCUUCUUGUACCAUUCCCCCUCCCCGUUAUUUUUGGACCCGGGCCCCCCCUUAUCUAAGGGUCUGGAUGACUGCCCCUCCCCCCAACUUAUCUCAAGGUCUGGAUCUGGCACUGCAGGCUGACUGUUACUAAAAUUUCAAAUUUCGGUGUGUAUGCAUUGAGUAGGUGGAGAUUUCAACAGCUAUGAGGUUCUUUUGGUGUUAUUUUCCCUUUUGUGUCUUAUGUAGGUAGCCAGGGGUCAUCCUCAUGAUAGUCGGGGGGAAAUCCCAGGCCUAUAAUGACUGCCCUAGUCACACCUUAGGUACUCCAGGUGUCAGAGACUUUUUAUGCACGGUUUUUGGUGUCAGUGGGUCAAGUGUUGUAGUUUUGCGCGCUUCACCGCUCGUGGCUUUGGUAUUGGGUGGUUUCGCCCGAAGGUCGAUUUGCCCGUUAGCAGUUCGCCCAGACUAAGUCGAUUCGCCCGAUCUGUAUUUGUCGUUCUUUUGUCAAGCCUGAGAAAAAGGAAUAAGCAUGGAAAGACAGUGACUACACAUGUGGAAUCCAAGGUUAACUAAAAUAACAUCUCAAAGAAGUCGGUUCACCAUUUUGUAGAGUGGUGUAUGUCAUCGGGCGAAUCGAUUUAAGUCGUAGCUAACGCCUUCAAGCGGACCGACUUUCGGGCGAAACGACAGCAAUUCGUGGCUUUGCCUGUGGCCGAGAACGUGUCGACAUGUAGCCGACCCUGAAGCGUCUCCACCGCACGUGAGAAAAAAUCUCAGGUACCCAGGGUACACGUUAGGAUUUUAUCUUAUUAAACAGUAAAUGAUCUAGCUCUUGAGUCUGUGGACAAAAUUUAGUGAUGUGGCUGAUAAUAAUAGUAAUUUUAGUGAAUAAUAAUAAUGAAGAAGAAAAUCCUGUAUUUAUUUACUUACAGUAUUGCUUAACCCAUUCGCUCCUGGAGAUUUUGCCCAAAAACGCGUUUUGAAGCUAGUCGAGUGGUUUUCUGGUCACUGUCGCGCUAUAAAGAGCUAAAACUUACCACAAACCGGUUUACAGGUCGUACACUUGGCGGCCUUCUGAUCUAGAUGCAAAAUAUCAGCUUGCGAAGUUCGGGCAUGCGCAGAAAGCAAAAUUUCGUCUUGACUUUUACUUUUCGCUUUCUCUCCUCUCUUCUUUUUUCGCUUUUCUUGCCUCAUUUUUUUUUUCUCUUGCUGGGCAUUUAGUAGGCUUCAUUUUGGUGGGAAGAGUUUUUAGGAAAGCUUUUAGGAUCUUAGGAUUAGGUGAAAGGAAAGGUAGGUGGGUAAUGGAACAAGAUUUUCAUGGAGAUUUUCAGGUCCUUGUCACGUGGUUUUUUGCUUCUUUCUCCGGUGUCCUUGACUGAAUUGUGCUCAUUCUGGUAUGGUUUGAAAGAUCUCUUCACUCUGCACAAGUUAGCGAAGAAAGUUGUCCUUGACCGUUAAAACUGAUGACGUCACAAAGGAUAGAAAGGACCUGGAUCCGCACGGGCGGUUACGGGCGGUUCAGGGGCGAAUGGGUUAAACUCAAAUAGAAUUUUUUAAAAAAAAGCUAUCGCAGUCUACCCCUCAUGAGCGCAAGAAAUCAUUUUUAUCUUUCACUUAUAGGCGUAUGUGUGGAUCUUUGACCCCAUCCAUCCCAAGACUUUUGUCAUGGGAGUAUUGGUUGGUAAGUUUUAAGAUUAAUCAAUCAAACAAGCAACCUGUCUUGUGGCAACCUCCCUCCCAAGCAAGGGAUUAAUUCAACCAAUCAGAAGUUGAAAUUUACAUGUACAGGGCAUUUAGCGCGAGAAAAUACGCGUCAGCAGCAGUGACUAACUUGACCAAUCGGGUUACAGGAAACUAACAAUGCAUUUCGAGAAAGUUGUUAGGGUAAUCAGCGUCUCGUAAGAAAGCAAUAAGCUGCUCAAAGCACAAAACCUCAAUAGAGAAGAAAAGGUAUGACGUCACAAAAACUUAACUUUUGAAAUUAUGGGCUUAAUUGCCAUAUCCAGAGAGGACAAUAUAACUUUGUUAUUUGGUCUUGUUUGGCAUGUUUAGUUAUUCGUUCUGACGAGGUUCAACUAUACAUGUAGUGUGUAAGUCGUAGGCCGUUUAUUCCGUGUUAAUUACCAGAUGUGUCAUUUACUCAACAGUUAUAGCUACAAUCGCCAUCUGCUUGUUUCCUUUAUGGCCAUAUAACAUCAGGGAAUAUGUGUGGUAUCUGAGUGUCAUCGCUGCUGCUCUGGUUGGCUCCAUUCUUGUACUUGCUGUCUGUAAGUUUCUUUUAUAAUCAUCAUGAUACCUUUGUAGGGCUGUCGUUAAGGGCCGGGGGGCGGGGAUUUCCUUCGGCUUCCAUGAAUAUAAACCCCCGGCUACUUCCGUAGGAAAAUAGAAGAAGAAUAAGAAGCAAAAGAAAUCCCUAACUGCUUGAUUCCCCGUCUACUUCUUGUAUUUACUGGGCAACGUGAAAUCCAGGACUCCGAAAUCUGGAUUACCUCAGUUGGUUCAAGCAGCAGGACCAGUUCAGUCGAUAGAGCGCUUGACUGCAGAGCAAGAGGUCACAGGUUCGAUUCCUGGGACUUGACCAAUACUCAGGGUCUCACAAUAACUUAGAAAUGUUGUACUGCUUUUGCCAUGCAAACAGUUGGCCCCAGUUGUUUAAAAGGUGGAUAGCGCUAUCCACCGGAUAAAUCACUAUCCACUAGGUAGCGCAAUUGGUUUCCCUAACAUUUAUCCACCGGAUAGUGAUUUAUCCGGUGGAUAGCGCUAUCCAGCUUUUGAGAAACUGGGGCCUGGACCUUUGCAUGGCUCGGAUGGCCAUUAAAAAUGGCGGACCCAAAACGGCGUUGUCCUUAAUUAUUACUUCCGUAUUAAACACAUUGACACUCUAGUAACUAAAGUGUGUUUUUAUAUGCCUUUAUACUUACGGAAACUGAGUUAGAUAACAUCCAUUCCGGGAGACGGUUUAUCGGAAGGAGGGCUGGGUUUAAAAAAUUGUUUGGCCGUAAAAUCGUUGAGUACAGACUGUUUCUUUUUCUGUUUGUUUUGUGAUUGUCUUUGAAUUCAAAUCCCGUUGAACGUCCUUUUUUUUCAGAGCUCUCCUCUUAAAAUCCUCCUUUACGAUAGCGAAAAGGCAACUGCGAAUUCUUCAGAACUGAUUACUUUCUGUUUUGCGUUUUAUUUACAGUGCGGUACGUGUUCUUUGCGAUCGUGUGGGUGUGCACAUGGGGGAAACAUCACUUCUGGCUUUUACCAAACCUUACGGAGGAAUGCGGCUUUUUCGAAUCAUUUGUACCACUCUACACACACGAAUAUAUGGGAAACAAGGACGAAGAUAAACCGGCCGAAAACGAAAAUGAGAAUGUUGACGAGAAAGAUGACGAAAAAGAAGAAGGGGAAGGCAAAAAAGAAGAAAGCAGCGAGGACAAAGAUCACACUGAGAAAGAACCUUGGGUAAAGUUAACGGAAGAAGAAGUAGCGACAGCAAGAAGCGAAGUGGACAAGGAAGUUAAAGCGUCGGACGAAACGUUAGCUACUGAAGUCAAAUGUUAAUUGUUUUGUGAUUUAUGACAAUAUUGCUUUUAAUUGUUGUGUAAAAAGACUGACAGAGGUAAAUUUACCAGAUUACAUAAUGAAGUACAGCAAAGGUAGAACAGAAUGCAGCCUUGAAUCCAGUCAUCGAAGGCUGAAAUUAACAGUUCUCAAUAGACCUCUUUAGCUUGUAUGUUCCGCCGCUGUGAACGUGAAUAAGAAAAUUUGAAAAAAAAAACAGUACUCAAGAUUAUUAUCACAUGAAAUACUUGGGAAAACAAAACAUACAAGCUAAAAUGGUCUAUUUCAUGCAGUAAUGCGAAUCAUUGUGCCGUUUCGCUAGUUAUUGGAAGAUGCUGCUGUACUAACCGUACAGGUUUUCUUCAUUAUUGUCACGUGUGAUCAUAAUCUCAUUCGAUUGAGCGCCGGGUUUUCUCGCGAUUGUCUGUAAGUAUUUCUCAGUUCCCUCGAUUAUGUAUUGCUUGAAAUUGCUUGAAAAUCUCAUGGCAAAUUGCCGUCCAAUCAGAACUAAGCUGAAGCUAAUCCUGCUUUAGCGGCGCCCGCUUUUCCCGCCUUUGACAGCGACCAGCUUUACUACGCUUCGUCAUUGGCUAAACAAGUUUCUUGGCGGGUUGUCGACCAAUCAAAACUUAGCUGAAGCUAACCCUGCUUUAGUGGCACGCUCUUUUCCCGCGCUUGACGCUGGCCAUCUUCGACAUUGGCUAAAAAUCUUUUUGGGAAAGUUGUCGACCAAUCAAAAUUGAACUGAAACUAUAAACAUCGCAUGAGUUGCGUGCCGUUUGGUUUUGGCAUUUUGCUUCAGUCCUGCUAGACAUUCAAAAAUUCCUUCGUCUCUGUCGCUCUCUCGGCCGCUUCGCGGCUUAAAAAGCUCGUGAGGUGGACUUGUAGUAAGUCUACAGUCCUUUCUCGCCAAUGUACUCUUUUUGUUAUCAUCUUUUCGGACGCUCAAUGAAAAUUUAAUCCAUAUCCGUAAGUACUUUCUAGUUACAAUCACAGAGUUCAUUAUAUCCAGAGUCAGGUGAAAUUAUUUAUAAAGUGUUUAUCUUUGCCGGAUAUUUGCUUGUGUGUUCUUUUGUUGUGGCCUGAAGAAAAACAGUUCACUUGACAGUGCUCGAUAAUUACCGGUUUAUUAUGUGAAUUCCUUGAUCAUCCCUGAGCAGAAGCAACACAGCAGUAUAAUUUGAACUGCUAUAAUCCUUGACUUUGUGGCAUUUCUUCUUAUUUUCUCAGUAAAACUUUUUGGUCUUCGUUUUCCAUUAGUACUCUUCAAGUCACUAUAAUCCGUCGGUUCUAAUCCUUUGGCUAUCGUAAAUCAUCUCACUGGCAAUCAGUCCGUCAAGUUGCGCAAUUUAGAAAUGGAAUUUCAUUGGGUGAAACUGUAAGGAAAGACUAUUCAUCGAAAUAUCGCAAUAACCGCUUGAAACAGCAGAAAAAUACAAAGGAAAUGCAAACGCUAACAUGCGGCAU